ACGCUAGUCUUUCAUUUCUCUCUCGAAUUUCUUCAGAGAGAAAGAGAGAGACGACACAAAUGUCUAAGCUUCUCCACUCCUCUCAUGUAACCUCAUUCCAACGCCGAACUUUCUUCACUUCACUCCCCAAAACAUCAUUUCCAUCUCAUCUCUCUCCUUCACUAUCUCCUUUCCACUCUUCUGCAUCCAUAUGCCGAUUCUCUCUAUACCUUCAUCUCCCCAAGCCUCAAAUUCUCCAACAGACUUUCCCCAUUCGACGUUAUCCUCGUAACUCAUCUGUCAGAGCUUUUGAUUCUUCUCCCGAGACGAAAACUGAUGACCCAGUAGCUGUUAAGGAGGAGGUGAAUGGAAAUGCUGGUGGGUAUCCGACUGGUGAAUUUGAGUACAAGAAAUUCGGUCUUUGGAAGAGUUUCCUCGUUAAGAUUCGUAUGCUUAUUGCAUUUCCAUGGGCAAGAAUUCGUAAAGGCAGUGUCUUGACAUUGAAAUUGAGAGGCCAGAUAUCUGAUCAGCUAAAGAGCCGUUUCUCUUCAGGAUUAUCUCUACCUCAAAUUUGUGAGAACAUCAUAAAAGCUGCAUAUGAUCCACGUAUCUCUGGUAUUUAUCUACAUAUAGAUCGUUUGGAUUGUGGUUGGGGCAAAAUUGAAGAGAUCCGGAGGCAUAUAUUGGACUUCAAGAAGUCAGGUAAGUUCGUUGUUUGUUAUAUCCCUUCAUGCGGAGAAAAAGAGUAUUAUCUUGCAUGUGCUUGUGAAGAGCUGUAUGCCCCUCCAAGUGCUUAUUUUGGUCUAUAUGGGUUGGUUGUUCAAGCAUCAUUCCUUGGAGGUGUUCUAGAGAAUGUUGGAAUUGAGCCACAAGUACAAAGAAUUGGCAAGUAUAAAAGUGCUGGGGAUCAACUAAUUCGGAAGAGUAUGUCUGGUGAAAAUUGUGAGAUGCUGACCGCAUUGCUUGACAACAUCUAUGGCAACUGGCUAGACAAGAUUUCUUUUACUAUAGGAAAAAGUAGAGAUGAUAUUGAGAGCUUCCUCAAUGAAGGGAUCUACAAAGUAGAAAAGCUCAAAGAGAAUGGUUAUAUUACAGACAUAAAAUAUGAUGAUGAGGUCAUUUCAAAGCUCAAAGAGAAACUGGGACUUGAAAAUGAAAAAAAGCUUCCAACAGUAGAUUACAGGAAAUAUUCUAGAGUCAGAAAAUGGACUGUUGGUUUAUCAGGCGGGGCAGAUCAAAUAGCUGUAAUAAGAGCUUCUGGAAGCAUUAGUCGGGUUAAAGGAGGUUCACUUUCCAGUUCUGGUAUUAUUGCGGAACAAUUAAUUGAGGUGAUCCACAAAGUGAGAGAGUCGAAGAAAUAUAAAGCUGCUAUCAUCCGUAUUGAUAGUCCUGGAGGUGAUGCCCUUGCUUCGGACUUAAUGUGGAGAGAAAUUAGACUUUUGGCGGAAAAAAUACCUGUUGUUGCAUCAAUGGCUGAUGUUGCUGCUAGUGGGGGAUAUUAUAUGGCAAUGGCAGCAGGAACAAUAGUGGCUGAGAAUCUGACAUUAACAGGAUCUAUUGGAGUUGUCACAGGAAAGUUUAAUCUAGGAAAACUAUAUGAAAGAGUUGGCUUUAAUAAGGAAAUCAUAUCAAGAGGACGUUUUGCUGAACUCACAGCAGCUGAACAGCGACCUUUCAGACCAGAUGAAGCAGAGUUGUUUGCAGAGUCUGCACAAAAUGCAUAUCAACAGUUUAGAGAUAAAGCAGCCUUUUCAAGAUCAAUGACACUAGAGAAGAUGGAGGAGGUUGCACAAGGGAGAGUUUGGACUGGCAAUGAUGCAGCUUCAAGGGGAUUAGUUGAUGCUAUUGGUGGGCUUUCCCGAGCAGUGGCAAUAGCUAAACAGAAGGCUAACAUUCCACAAGAGAAAGAGGUUAAGCUCAUUGAAAUAUCUAGACCUUCCCCAACCUUACCAGAGAUCUUAAGUGGGGUAGGGAAUUCUGUAAUGGAAGUUGAAACAACGUUUAAAGAACUCCUGCAAGAACUCUCAUAUUCUGAUGGAAUUCAAGCUCGUAUGGACGGUAUUGUGUUUGAGAAAACCGACAAAUCUCUUUACUCCAAUCACAUAUUGUGCUUGAUAAAGGACUACCUGAGUUCCAUUUGAUCUCCAAAAUCAAAUUAAGAAACUGCAUAAACAUUGGACGCAAAUAUACUUGUAAUUUUUUUUCACUCUAUUUCUCUUUUGCUGUUAUUCUGUUUGGCACUAUAUGUGAAACAGUGAAAGCUUAUAAUAAGAUAUCCUUAGUUACAAAAUAUAUAUACAUGUAUUCUUGAAAGGA